AUGGACGCCGAAAACGAAAGGUCCGAGGCGGUCGACGUCCGCGCGAGCCUUCCGGACGCGAGCGGCGGCGACGGCGCGGAGUCGGGCCCGCAGACGGCGGAAGACGGCCGAUUCCAACUGACGUCAAUGCUGGUGGCGAAAGGCGGCGACCUGGGGCCGGGGCUGUGCGCGGUUGGCACGAAGCUGUCGCUCCAGGCGAGCGAGGCGCGCGACGGCGAGGAGGCGGGCGACGGCACCCCGCGGCGGAAGCCGAGCGUGCCGCGGUUUCCGUCGCGGCCGCGCGCGAAGCGCCAGCUGUCGUUCCCGCUCGCCGCGACGAUUGGCGCGACUCCCCGGGAGGUGUCCAAACCUGACGUGGACGGCCCGAUGACGGCCCGGAUGCGCGUCAUGAUACGGCGCGCGACGGAGAACGGGUUCGGGAGCUGCCGUGCGGAGCGGCAGCUGGACCCCGAGGAGGAGCGCAGGAAGGCGCAGCAGCGCGUGAUUGACCGGCAGCGCCGCGAGAGGCUGGAGGCGCAGGCGGCGCAGGCCGAGGUGAUGCAGCGGCGGGACGCGGCGCUGCAGUGGCGCUCGAGCAUCCAGGAGAAGCGCGAGAGGCACAGGGUGGAGAUUUACGCGCUGAACGCGCUCCUGCGGAUGUCGGAGGAGAGGCGCGUGCAGGCGCUGCUGGCGGCGCAGGAGGACGAGGACGACUCGAGCGUGGACGGAUACGCGAUCGAGCACGCGGUGUAG